AUGGAGCACAUGAAAUGCUUUGGAGAUCCUGAUUGCCAGCGAUUGCAACAGCAGCCUCCGCUGCCAAUCAGACAUGCACCAUGGUUAGACGACUCGGACUUCGAUGGUCGAAUCGCCACCACUCGUUACUUUACGUUAUACAACGACACUUCCGUGAUUUUUAUCGCGGGGCAGUUUCCGGAAAAGAACGACAGGAACCUUGUCUAUGCCUGCAACUUUCUAGCAAGCUGGGUAGCUGCCAACUACACUGUCGACCCUGAGACCAGCGACACUCUGAAAUCGACUCUCAAUCAAGAAGAAAUCCUACAAAGAACCUUUAAAGGUGAUCAUAUAGAAAACGGUAGAACCAUCAGAUUCUACCAAGACUGGCUGAAGUACCUCGCCCCCAAGGUCCUCAUCGGGACGAACAAAACAGCGACAACCAUCGGUACACUAGUCAACCUGUUUGUGGACAAGUGUAAUAGCUCAAAUGUAAAUACAGCACAGUGCUUCGCUCCCGUUGACAGUAACAACAUCUCAGGCGUGGAGAUAUUCCUGUCCAAAGUCUUUGGCACGUACCUAACCGACAGCCUCGCACGUACAGGUUCGCAAUGGAAGACCAACUUAAGACUGAGCCAGGGCCACGACGAGCUGCGGUACAUCUGGCUCAACGACCAAUACGGCAGUCGAUCAGGUGUGUACAACUUCACGACGUUCAACGAGACGCACACCCUGCGGAAUUGGCGUGGCGGUGAGCAGUACGUACACUCGACAAUCGAGUACAUGACAAAAUUUGGCGUUUUUGCUGACUGGCUGCCAAUCGACUUUGACGUCGAGUGGUACGGUUACGGCACGGGGCAGCAACGCAAGACGCUGCACUUCGCACUCGCCAUGAUGCACAUCUACCUCGGAAUACUCGCGCUCUACGCCCUGUCGGUAGGGUUCCAACACAUGCUCGAGCUCUUCAAUGCGAGAGUGAGGCAGAAGCGUUUCCGUGUGCUAAGCGUCAUCCCCUGGUCGGAUCUGCAAGACCUGGUGGUACUUGCACUCAAGACGCCGCCGCCUUUUGAUGAGGAUCUGAGGGAUGCUGGUGCGGGUGUCACUUCGAAUGAAGUAUGGAGCAAGGUCGUCAGGGUGCGAGCGGAUGAGCAGCGCAACAUUCAUUUGGUGUCGGAGGACAGUGCUCUGACCGAGAAGCUUAACGAGGUGGGAAGCCAAAAAUAUUUUUAA